GCUUGUUCUUCUUGGUCUGUGAAUAUUUGAUUAAAAAUUUUGAAUUGGAUAGUUGUCGUUUUUGUUGUUUUACUUUUUAUCUGUUAUUUCGUUACUUAAUAACGAAAAUGAAUUCGUUAGAGAAUAAUUCAUCACCUACGUUUAAAAAUUUAAAGAAAAGUUCUAGAAACUCUCCUAUAGAAUUAAAAGAAAAGUUAAGAAGGAAAUAUAAAGACAAAGUGCAAAAUUGUCGUGAUACGUUACUAACUCGAUUUCGUGGGGCAAUCGAAGAAUCAGACUUGCAUAGCACUCUAACAGAAAUUUAUAGGGACUUGUUUAAUUUCUCUGAUACAUCAGUAAAUGAAGAGGAAGUGGAGGUUCUUGAAGAAAUAAAGCAAGAGUUAGUUCAAGAAGAAGUCGAUUGGUGGCUGUUGGAAUAUGAUAAGACACAAAUCGAAAUGGACUGGUCUACUCUGGAACAAGAAGACAAUGUGAUAUGUCCAAUUUGCCAAAGAAAAGACUUGACAAUCCAAAACAGUAAUCUGUUAUGUCAACAAUGUAAUUACUCAAUAAAAACCCAAAAAAGUUUAAUGGAAGUAAAAAAGGCUAUUCUAAACUCUUUAGAAAACCAUAGCUCUGUUUGUAACCAUAAAUUUCAAUUUACAUUUAUGCCUGAACUUGACGACAGUCACAUUUAUCUUAUUUGCAGUGGUUGCACAGAAAUGCAAAUUGUUAUUUGAAUUUAAUAUGUAUUAAGAACUGAAAGUAUGUAAUAGUAUUAAAACUUGAGCAUUAUUUGUUAAAAAAUCAACAGAUUUAUUGUUAAUGUUAGAUAUUUGUUAUAAAUAAUAUUAUAAAGAGGAAUAAUUGAUUGUUUGUUUGCAUCAAAUAGGCUCCUA